AGAGAGAGAGAGAGAGAGAGGAUGGAUAAAAAGAUGGAGUGAAAAUAAAGGCUGAGUGAACUGAUAAACACUGUGGAAAGCUAGUUACAAAGCUGCAGACAAAGGCGCUGAGGAGAGUAGGAGGAUGCCACCAUGUUUCCUACAUGGACCCUCCAUGUACUUGAGGCCUGGCUGAUGUCAUGGAGUCGCGGACGAAUAUCCCCAGGUAUGCAAUGCCGGACGAGGUGCAGCACACGUACUCCAAGUUCUCGGACUGGAAGUUCAAGUUGUUCCGGGUCAGGUCCAUGGAGAAGGCGCCCCUGCCCAGCGAGCCCCCUCCAAACGCGGCGGUUCCCCCAAAGUCCCAGGGGGAUGAGGAUCUGGGGCAUCCAGGCAGCCUGAUGAAGCUCUGCCUCGGGGGCAAGAGCAAGGAGAACGUGGAGGCCGCCAGCCAGCGCGUGGACCAGAAGCUGCAGGAGAUGGACACUCACAUGGGCUGCCUCAAGAGUUUGUGCCGCCUCUGUGGGAUGUCACUGCGCAAAGCCAAGGGGCCCGAGCACGAUGUCCAAGACAUGCUGGACGAAUCCAGUCGGCUCUCCCUGCGCAAGAUGGGCUGCAAGGCCCAGGGCUGGCCGGAGGUCAUCCUGAAGGUGUUCAAGGUGGACGUGGCGGCGGACAUGGAGACGGUGCACCCGCAGGCAUUCUGCCACCGCUGCUGGAUGGCCGCCAUGAGGGGGGGCGGCUUCUGUUCCUUCGGCCUGACCCGGGUGCCCGAAUGGCGGCCGCACACCUCCGGAUGUCUGCUCUGCUUCCCCAAGACGCCCUCGGCCUUCCAGCGCAAGGGGCGCAAGCGCGCCAAAGCCCUCCGAAGAGCCCCGGCUCUGGCCAAAAGGGUGAAGCGGGAAGCCCAGAGCGCCGCUGCUGGCGUCGGGGGCAAGAGGGUGCUGAGAGCCUUAGUGGACCAGCAGCAGCAGCAGCAGCAGCAGCAGCAGCAGCAGCCACCACAUGGGCCUGUGAGCAGGAGCAGCAGGGUGAAGCCGGGCGCACAGAGAGCCCUGUGGGUGAAGAACAUCACCCUCUGCCAGAGAGACCACCUGAGCUCCAAGCUGCUGCCCGACGACCUGCCCGCCGACUUCCUCCGCGCCGUCACCUGCCAGGUGUGCGACCACCUGCUGAGCGACCCCGUCCAGUCCCCCUGCCGACACCUCUUCUGCCGUGGCUGCAUCCUCAAGUACAGCCGGGCGCUGGGUGCCCAGUGCCCAGUCUGCGAGCUGCCCUGCCCGGAGCCCACAGAGCUGAAGGGCCCGCCCAAGGCCUUCCUGGUGGUGCUGCAGUCCCUGCCCCUGCUGUGCCCCAGGGAGGGCUGUGGUGAGCUGGUCAGGAUGGACUCCUUCAGGGCCCACUGCCAAGGCCACCUCCAUCAGAGGCAGCCGGACGAAGACGACCUGCUGGGCCCGGAUGUGGACAGGGAUCUGGACGGAUACUUGCCGGUCAACAAGGGCGGGCGCCCACGCCAGCACCUGCUGUCCCUCACCAGGCGUGCGCAGAAGCACCGGCUCAAGGAGCUGAAGAACCAGGUGCGGGCGUUCGCCGACAAGGAGGAAGGAGGGGACACCAAGUCUGUCUGUCUGACACUCUUCCUGCUGGCUCUGAGGGCGGGGAACGAGCACAAACAGGCAGAUGAGCUGGAGGCCAUGAUGCAAGGCAGGGGGUAUGGUUUGCAUCCUGCUGUGUGCCUUGCCAUCAGGGUCAACACCUUCCUCAGCUGCAGCCAGUACCACAAGAUGUACCGCACCGUCAAGGCCACCAGUGGGCGCCAAAUCUUCCAGCCGCUGCAUACCCUGCGCGCCGCUGAGAAGGAGCUGCUGCCGGGCUUCCACCCCUUCGAGUGGCAGCCAGCUCUGAAGGCCGUGUCUAGUAGCUGGGACGUGGGCAUCCUGGACGGGCUCUCGGGCUGGAUGAGCUCGGUGGAGGACGUGCCUGCAGACACCAUCGCCCGGCGCUUCCGCUACGACGUGGCCCUGGUGUCGGCGCUCAAGGACCUGGAGGAGGACCUGAUGGAGGGCCUGAGGGAGCAGGGCCUGGACGACAGCUCAGUGACGGGCUUCAACGUCACCAUCAAGGAGUCAUGCGACGGCAUGGGCGACGUGAGUGAGAAGCAUGGCGGUGGGCCGGCGCUGCCCGAGAAGGCCGUGCGCUUCUCCUUCACCAUCAUGUCGGUGUCGGCGCAGGUGGAGCCCGAGGACGAUGAGCCAGCCAGCUCCCCGGUGGUCAUCUUCCACGAGAUGAAGCCCAACUCGGAGCUCUCCUGCAAGCCGCUGUGCCUGAUGUUCGUGGACGAGUCGGACCACGAGACGCUCACGGCCAUCCUGGGCCCCGUGGUGGCUGAGCGGGACGCCAUGAAGGAGAGCCGCCUCAUCCUGUCGCUGGGCGGCCUGCCGCGCUCUUUCCGUUUCCACUUUCGGGGCACGGGCUAUGACGAAAAGAUGGUGCGUGAGAUGGAGGGGCUGGAGGCGUCCGGCUCCACCUACAUCUGCACGCUGUGCGACUCCACGCGCGCCGAGGCCUCGCACAACAUGGUGCUGCACACCAUCACGCGCAGCCACCAGGAGAACCUCGAGCGCUACGAGCUGUGGCGCACCAACCCCUUCGCCGAGUCGGCCGAUGAGCUGCGCGACCGCGUCAAGGGCGUCUCGGCCAAGGCCUUCAUGGAGACGCAGCCCACGCUGGACGCGCUGCACUGUGACAUCGGCAACGCCACCGAGUUCUACAAGAUCUUCCAGGACGAGAUCGGCGAGAUGCACGCCCGCCACGGCAACUCCCCACCGCCGGGCCGCGAGGAACGUCGGCGGUGGCGCGCGGCGCUCGACAAGCAGCUGCGCAAGAAGCUCAAGCUCAAGCCGGUGAUGCGCAUGAACGGCAACUACGCGCGGCGCCUCAUGACGGCUGAAGCGGUGGAGGUGGUGUGCGAACUGGUGCCCUCGGAGGAUCGGCGGCAGCUGCUGCGCGAGCUCGUGGGGCUCUAUCUGCAGAUGAAGCCCGUGUGGCGCUCCACCUGGCCAGCCCGUGAGUGCCCAGUCCAGCUGUGCCGCUACAGCUUCAACUCGCAGCGCUUCGCCGAGCUGCUCUCCACCGCCUUCAAGUACCGCUACGACGGCAAGAUCACCAACUACCUGCACAAGACACUGGCGCACGUGCCCGAGAUCGUGGAGCGCGACGGCUCCAUUGGCGCCUGGGCCAGCGAGGGCAACGAGUCCGGCAACAAGCUCUUCCGACGCUUCCGCAAAAUGAACGCCCGGCAGUCCAAGACCUUCGAGCUGGAAGACGUACUCAAGCACCACUGGCUGUACACAUCCAAGUACCUGCAGAAGUUUAUGGAGGCCCAUAAGAACUCAGCCAAGGCCCUGCAGGCCACUAUAAACCCAGAGGAGAUUGUGGACGACAGUGAUAUGUUACUGGAGGUUCCAGACUUCUAAGAGUCUGAGUUUCUAUGAAAUAUGUAGUAGUUAGGAAAGGGCCUUCAGUCAGUUGUUGACUUCUAGCGCCGAUGUGGAUUUUUAUUGGUGAUUUGUGAAAUGGGUUCACAGGAUUCUUUCUGUCUUGAUACAUUUCUUGUUCAGUAUUCAACAAUGGGUUUUAAUUUCAGACAUUUAAACGAUGCAAUAGAACACAUUCUGCUUCUUUAAAGUAAAUGAUGAUAAGCUUUAUAUUCCAUUCAGAGGUUCCAGACAGUUAAGAUAACUUCCUCUGUGUCACUAUAAGGGACUUCCACUUGCUCUCUCCAUCUGUGUUUGUAAAUGCAAAAUAAAUUGCUUUACGCUGAAGGUUGGAUCAGAAGGGAAUAGACUCCCUUUCUCCCCCUCGGCUUUUAAGAGGAGGAUUUUGAGACUUUUUAUCUUGGGCUUCACAUAAAAUAUGAGAGAGUUUAUUGUAUUGCAAGGUUAUGACACAUUCAUGAAUUUAUACAAAAGGAUUAUUUAUGGAAACAGAUGAAAAUGCUGUAAGUCACCGGGAGGAAAUUGUGUUAAGGGAGCCCACAUUUAUGAUAGCUGUAUUAAUUUAUCACUUGGGCUGAGGCGAAAUGGAAUUAGGGAAACUCAAAUUGUCUUAGUUUUGGGGGUGCUGGGGAAAAGGAUUGCUUUAGAGCUAUAUAUCUGGCUCCAGGGGUAAAGCAAUAGGGCAUGGAUGACUUUGAAAUACCCCUAUAUAUUUCCGCUCACUGGCACAGCGUAUGAGAGUGGCAACAAUUCUACCUCCAUUUCAGAAUAAAAGGACACAUUGACCUUCUACUAAAUCACAGUAAAGGAAAGCUCCAGACUACAAUUGCCAUACAAAGCCUGAGGAGGCACUUAGCUUUUCGGGGGGAAGGUAACUUCCUGAGUGGUACUGACGCAGUCUCACAUGUCGACACUAGAACUGGCACCAUGCCAAAGCACGCUCAUCUCCAAAGUUGUCUUAGCUUAAGACCUUUACCUUGUCUUUACUGUCUGAGAUGUCAUAUGCACAUUUCAGUGUAACGUGUACACAAAAUCUUUUGUAGACCUUCUUUUAUGUGUUGUUUUAACUCUGGUUUAAAUCUCAGAUUAUGUUACACUGUCUUCACUGAAAACAUCUCUGUAUUCUUAAUUGAUGUAUAUUGUAUUAUCUCUCUCAUACACACAUCAUAAUUGAUCUACAAGUACAAGUCACAUAUUGUUUUGAGACUUCAUAUUUUUUCAUAAGACAGCUGAUCUUAAAAACAUUGCGCAAAAAUCCAUUUAGCUAAUUUGACAUUACAUUUGACAUUUUAAUUUCUGAUUUUCUGUAUUACUGUUAUUCAGUAAUCAAUAUAAGAUGAUUUAUUGAUUAACUUCUGUAUUUCCUGUUUAAUUAAUUGUCAUUUUGAUAACAGUUGUUUUCAAUAUUUGUUGCUGCAAUUACUGACUGUAUGAUAUGGCAUGUAUAAUGUCAAGAC